AUGGUCACAAGAACAAAGAAAAUAUUUGUAGGUGGAUUAUCGGCUAAUACGGUAGUGGAAGACGUAAAGCAAUACUUUGAACAGUUUGGCAAGGCUUUGGCUUUGUAACUUUCGAGAAUGAAGAUGUGGUGGAAAAAGUCUGUGAAAUCCAUUUCCAUGAAAUCAAUAAUAAAAUGGUGGAAUGUAAGAAAGCACAACCGAAAGAAGUGAUGUUCCCGCCGGGGACGAGAGGACGGGCUCGUGGAUUACCAUAUACCAUGGAUGCUUUUAUGCUAGGAAUGGGGAUGCUGGGUUACCCAAAUUUUGUCGCAACCUAUGGCCGGGGAUACCCUGGAUUUGCACCCAGUUACAGCUAUCAGUUUCCAGUGCUUUCCGUGGGAUCUUCAAUCAAACCCAGUUACCCAGCCCUAUUACCAUAUUUAAAUGCAAGUUUUCCGGCGGCAGCCUACGGACCAGUAGCGGCGGCGGCAGUGGCAGCGGCAAGAGGAUCAGGUAGGGGGGGCCGUGGAAGAGGCGGCUACAUGGCAUACCCUCAGAAUGCAGGGCCAGGGAUCCCCGAUUACGGUUUCUAUUCUCCGCCCGGUGACCUACGGGCUCCAUUAUCGUACGCGGACUAUGGUUCCAUGGGGCCACGGGUGGCUCAGAUGCUGCGUAGCGAGCACCCUGCGUCAGCGAGUAACUCCCCCCUCCACCACCUACCCAGCCCGGAUCAGUUUAAAAGCCCAGUCUUGAAUAGCUACAGUGCUCAACCGAAUUUUGGCGCGCCCGCUUCCCCGGCAGGCUCCAACCCAGCCCGGCCCGGAGGGUUUCCGGGGGCAAACAGCCCAGGGCCCGUUGCAGACCUCUACGGUACAGCCAGCCAAGACUCCGGUGUCGGUAACUACAUAAGUGCUGCCAGCCCCCAGCCUGGCUCCAGCUUCGGACACGGAAUCGCUGUAAGUAGGCCGCUUCGUUUUCUCAUUUUUCUUUCCUGACACAUCGUGGGCUUUGACUACGUGGUUUUGAUUAAUAUCUUCUCUU